GGAGCUUACUCAAGAGAAUCUUCCUCGGUUCUAUUUUAGUUAUAGAUUGUUUACCUAUAAAAGCUAUUCAUUAAUCUUAUGUACUGACAAGGGUGUGGUUCAGAGAUACGAAACUGAAAAUUCUUUGUCUUGGGAGAAUUUGUACCUUUCUGAGCAAUUACUCUUGAGAAAAGUUAGUGGGAAGGAAACCAAGACACAUCCAAUUAGGAUCCAGUAAGAGGUGGGCAGGCGCAACUGGUUUGCCGGGUUCUCCAACCUUCUGCUGAGCUGCAAACCGCUUGUUGUGUGGAAAAUGUCUAAGAUAAAGAACCCCCGGACUUUUGAGGAGCAAACAGAAUGUGUUAUGAAUGGCCUGCUCGAAGACCUUUUGACCCCAACCUGCCAGGUGGCUAACCGGAACCUACUGGAUGAUGAGGAACCAUAUUCAGGAGAGGAUUUCUCUUUUGAUGUGGCUAUUAUUGUUGACCGCCUUCGAAUGCUGGGUGACCAGUUCAAUGGAGAACUGGAAGCUUCUGCCAAUAACGUCAUUGCAGAAACCACUCGAGAACAGGCAGGAACGAUAUUUGAGGACACAGUGCGGUCUCUCAGCACGGCCUGGUGUGCUCAGAACUCCACCCUCGCUUUUGAAAGAGCUUUUCUGGCAGUGUCUGUGAAACUUCUUGAAUAUGUGGUCCAGAAGGCUCCUGAAAUGGCAAGAAGGAUGGCUAACUGCAUGACGGGCAUGAUCAACGGGAACACAGCCAUCCGAGAGUUCAUCCUGGGGCAGGGAGGAUGGGAAAACCUGGAGAGCUGAAUAAGUGGGGUUGUUCUGACUCAACAUCACAUCCUCCGAUGUUUGCCAAUUAAAACAUGCU